AUGGAGAAGUUACACCCUGCUGCAACAGUCACCAACAUCAAGAAUUUUAUUCCAAUCAUUCUAGAGAUGGAAAACGUUCAAUACGCGUCAUGGGCAGAACUAUUCAAAAUUCAUUGUCGGGCGUUUCAAGCAAUCGAUCACAUCCUUCCAAACGAGGCACCAACUCCGGAAAAGCCAACCUCUGGAAUAGAUGCCGCCAAAGACAAAACAACCACUUCUACACCCGAUGCUUCUUGGUCAAGAGUAGAUGCUAUAGUAAUCCAAUGGAUUUAUGGUUCCACAGCCGCUCAAGCAUGGACAGCCCUAGCCAAUAUAUUUCAGGACAAUGCUAACUCCAGGGCUCUCUUCCUUCAAAUCAAACUGAAAAAUGCAAAACUAGCAUCCUUUCCAAAUGUGAGUGCUUACUGUCAAGAAAUUAAAGUAUUAGCAGAUCAAUUAGCCAAUGUCAAUGCCCCUGUACCUGGUCAAACUCUUGUUCUCCAUCUCAUUGCCGGACUCACAGACCAGUUUGAUGGAGUAGCAACUUUUCUACAACAGCAAGACCCUCUUCCGGAUUUCUAUACAGCCCGGUCCAAACUUAUUAUGGAAGAGGCCAGAAAAGUGAAUCAGAUCAGCCCCAACACAUCUUUCUUAGCUGCUGCUAGACCCACUACUACCACCACCAGACAACAUCCAACCGCUACUGCUCUUCACGCCGCUGCUGGAUACUCGCUGUCACAACAACCUGCUCCCGAUUCUCAGCAUAACCAUCAGCAUGGCAGAGGAUAUUCUGAAUCAACACCUCGUGGACGUGGCAGGGGCAGUCGUGGUCGAGGUCGCGGACACUGUCGGGGUCGAAGUGGCAACUUUCAUGGUCAUCAUUUUUAUUCACAGUAG